AUGGACGAGACCGACGCGGUUCCGGACUGCCCGAUGUUCAGCGAGGGCGCCAAGGUUGUCCGAUAUCCUCAGCAGCUGCCCCUGGUUCUUUUCCUGGACAAGGAUUCAACACCUCCGCAGAUCACACAAUGGGAAGGGCGGCACGCCAUCGCAAUUCCUGGGAAAGCCCUCCGGGCCAUCUACAAGAGAAUCAUUGACAGCCAUGGUGCCGACGGCAGCGUGCUCCACCACAUCCGUGAAUUCAACGAGUUGCCGGCCUUGCGGCGGAUGCGCGGCCUGCCGCCCAUGGCUUGCUCGCCCUCCCCGGAG